GCCCGCCCGUUUGUGACCGCUGAAGCUUCUGGAACGCAAUCAUAUCGCCUCCGUUACUUCUUUGGCUGCAACCAACCGAUCCAGACGAGAGGAGAGUAGAGACGAGUGUUCUUCGCCCGAAAACCGUUUUUUUCUAUCGUGAAUCUUACAGGUUAUCGGCUGUGAUAAGAGGUGCAAAUGAGGGGCAGGGGUUAUAGCUACAGUCCUUCUCCACCUAGGGGUUACAGCAGAAGGGGUCGAAGCCCCAGCCCCAGGGAUCGAUAUGGUUAUCGCUCUAGGGAUCCUCCUACCAGUCUGCUUGUUCGCAACCUUCACCGUGACUGCAGGCCGGAGGAUCUUCGUGGCCCAUUCGGUCAGUUUGGUCCUCUCAAGGACAUAUAUUUGCCCCGUGAUUAUUAUACUGGGGAGCCUCGAGGUUUUGGCUUCGUUCAGUUUGUGUACCCAGCAGAUGCUGCAGAUGCGAAACGCUACUUGGAUGGUGAAAUUCUGCUUGGCCGUGAAAUAAGAGUCCUUUUUGCUGAGGAAAACAGAAAGAAGCCUUCAGAAAUGAGAGCAAGAGAAAGAUACAGGGGCCGUUCCUAUGAUUAUAGGCGAACUCCAUCAUAUUAUUCGCGAUCCCCCCGGUAUGCACGGACUUAUUCACGCAGUCCAGACUAUUACUCUCCCUCACCAAGAGGGCGACACUACUCAAGGUCAAUUUCGCCGAGGGACAAGAGGUACCGAGGCCGUUCUUAUUCGAGGUCACCUUAUAGGUCUAGGAGCCGCAGCUGGAGCUACAGCGGCAGCCGCAGCCGCUAAGUAGCCUAUGUGAUGGUUGGUUUUUUAGAUCUGUUAGCUAUGACUUUCUAUGCGUCAUGACUGGGAGAGUGGACACAGAUAGUAUUUUGGAGUAAUAUGGAGAACCCAAGAUUUUCUUGUUCUAUUUAUGAAACUCUUCGUGUCCUCAAGCUUGGCUGUUCUUGUGGAUGGUUCAAUCCCGAUUUCUCAGUGGGCUAAUUUAUACUUUCUCCUC